AUGAAAUUAUUGUUCUCAUUUCCGGUGGUACUUGGUACUAUUUUCUCGUCAGCCUGGGGAGAAACCCUCACGGUUGAUGGGAUUGAGAAGAUGGGGAACAAUAGCAUAUUCACACUCGCACGCUGGAGGCCAUCUUCUCAUUUUCUUGCACCUGCGGGAUGGAUGAAUGAUCCUUGUGCGCCGAUGUACGAUCCAGUUCGAGGUCUUUACCAUUUACAUUAUCAGUUUCAUCCCAAUCAUAUUGCAUGGGGAAAUGUCUCAUGGGGACAUGCGAUAUCUUCAGACCUGAUUACAUGGACCGAUGUUGACCAUUAUCCUGAAGAUGGACUUCCUGCCUGGAAAGACUACCAAGCACAAUCGAUCGGCACUACCAACCUUACCAGCAGCCACCACGACCCUGCACUCUACAAUCACUUAUCAAUAUUUUCCGGUAGUGGACAGGCAGUCAAUCUAACUGGAGGUGUGGACGGCACACUUCUAGCCUUCUACACCGCUGCCUCGGAGCUACCAACAGCCUGGAACGAGCCAUAUCUUCGCGGAACUGAAAGUCAGGCGUUAGCGAUUUCCACCAACGGCGGAAUAACAUGGGAACACUAUGAUAAUAACCCCAUUCUCAGUGAUCCACCUGGUGGUUGGAAUGUCACUGGCUGGCGCGACCCGUUCUUUCUUCCAUGGCCUCAACUGGACGCACUGCUUAAUAAGACAGAGCCUCACUGGUAUGCGGUCUGGGGCUCUGGUAUUCGAGAGAUCGGUCCCCGUAUGCCGUUGUAUACCGCCCCUGCCUCCGAUUUGACCAACUGGACCUUCCUCGGAGCCCUUUGGGAGCCGGAAAAGAAUACUUCUCUUGGUAUACUGGAAGAAACGGGAUCUUACGGGUUCAACUUUGAGCUUUCCAAUUUCUUCUUAAUCGAAGAUCGGUACUUUGUCUCCAUGGGAGCCGAGGGAGGUAAUGUGAGCUUCCAUCAGGAUAAAUGGUCAUUAUGGAAUGAGGGGGAGGUAUCUAUACGAGCUAACGGAAGUAUUGCUUUUACGCCUGUCGCUGGCGGUGCGAGUGACUACGGUCUUUUGUAUGCGAUCAACUCCUUCGACGAUGUCAAGAACAACCGCAGGAUUCAGUGGGGAUGGGCCCAGGAAGACAUAAAUGAUUUCGGCGCCACCCAACUUGGAUACCAGGGUGCGUUCUCGCACCCACGAGAGUUAUUCAUCAAGAAUACCACGGGCCUUGUUCAUAGCCCCUCCAAAAUUCCCGGGAGCUCCCGCUAUUUCCAAAACAGCAAUGGCAGCUGGACGGCGAGUACUUUGGGUGUCCGCCCAGCCCCAGAUGUCGUCGAGGGUAUUCACCGUGGUGCGCGCUAUACCAAGUAUCCAUGCGGCAAGGGGAAGUGUGAUGCAAAGAAUAUCACCCUGCCCAGUAACCUUACCUCUUCAUAUCAUAUCAGCGUCACUAUUGAGCACACAACUGGUAUGGCUGGAGUAACAGUUGGUGCUUCGCCUGACCGUGAGGAAUAUACAAACAUUUAUUUCGAUCCUUCGAGCAGCAAUAUCGUUGUGGAUCGUGCUCAUUCCUCUUUGAUCAAGGAGUUCACUGAUACGUCUCACAUUGGAUUUUUUGAGCCUUAUCGGUUGAAAGGAAGGAGUGGUAGUAACACCACGGAGCCUAUUCGGCUGAAUAUCUUCAUUGAUGGCUCUCUUGUGGAAGUGUACGCUAAUGAUCGAUUUGCUCUCACCAGUCGUAUCUAUCCCAGUCGGGAAGACAGUACUGGUAUCUCUUUCUUCGCUGAGGAAGGCGUUGAUGUCAAGUAUUCCCAAUUGGAGAUUUGGGAUGGCUUGUUGAAUGUUUGGCCAGAGAGACCUCAGAACAGCAGCUCCCUCUUAAUAUGGGAUACUGCUGCUGAGACGGGCAAUUAUACCUGGUGGACAGGUAACUGA